AUGAAAGAAGUGGGUAAUCGAGUCAACUCUACAGACAACUCCACUGUGGAUAUUGAUGUCCUGUGCCCAGUUAAUAAAGAUUUCACUGAAUGGUUCCUGCCCGCUUUCUACCUCAUUCUCUCCCUCGUGGGCCUUUUGGGGAAUACACUGGGCUUGUGGACCUUAUGCAGAAGUUCAUGGAAGAAGAGCUGGAAUCCCUUCAAUGUGCUAUUGUGCAACUUAGCAGUUGCAGACUUGUUUUAUGUGAUUACACUGCCCUUCUUCGUGUCCUAUUAUCUCCAGGAACACGUGUGGCUCUUUGGCCAAAGCUGGUGCAAGCUUACUCGACUUUUCUUCCAUGUCAACCUUUAUGCCAGCAUUGGCUUUCUGACCUGCAUCAGUGUCCAUCGUUACCUGCACAUUGUACAUCCAAUGAAAAUGAUUGGAAGAUGUCAGACCCUUGGCUCUUCUGUCUUUCUGAGUCUUUUGGUCUGGCUCUGGGUCACGAUUCAACUUUCACCUGAUUUAACUUUUAACAAAAUGGGUCCCAAGCCUGAGAAGUGCCAUGACUCAACAGAGCACAAAAACCUGGAGUCUUAUAUGUUGUACUUUCAAAUUUUAACAGUGACUGGCUUUGCUAUUCCUUUCUUCAUUGUCACUGGGUGCUAUUGCCAUGUGGUCAUUGUCCUCAGGAGGAACAAAAACAUGGAUCCUAACCUCAAGCAGAAGAGCAUCAAAUUGGUGAUUAUGGUAAUGACACUUUUCUAUGUGUGUUUCCUCCCGUAUCAUGUCUUUAGGAACCUUAACUUGUUGUCUCGAAGAUGGCAACAUCAGAGAAUUUGCAACCAGACUUUAAAGAAUAUUUAUAUCUUCUACCAAGUGACUCGAGUCUUGGCUAGCCUAAAUAGUGCCCUGAACCCUUUGUUAUACCUGCUGGCCCGUGAGGAUUUAGGGGUGCAGUUGAGGAAAUUUGGUAGAAGCAUUAGACUGCGUCUGAAGACUUCUUUCCAGGGCAAAGGCCAACACCGUUUGGAAUUAAGUCAAUCAAAUAUGAUGCUUGAUAAAGAAUGUGAAGAGAUACUAUCCAGUGAUGUCUGAAUGAUUGUUUUGAUUUAAAGGAACUUAUCAUAAAUGCCUACCAUCUGAAUGCUGCUCCCUCUUUUCCAACGUUUCUAUCAUUUGAUGGAUUCAGGUAUUAAUGUUUUUAAUAAUUUGAAAAUUGGGUUUGGAGCACAAUUUAGAAGCGCUAUGCAAACCUGCAGAAGAUGUGGAGUGAGAAUGAAUAGAUUUUCAUGGA